AUGGAACUCACAGCAGCACUCAACCAAGGAAAAGGAAAAGCCACCGGUAUAGAUAAUAUCGGAUAUCCUCUCUUGAAACAUCUGCCUCCAGAGGGUAAAAGGGCACUGCUGGCCAGUUACAACAGGAUCUGGGAAGGCGGGUCUUUCCCAGAGUCCUGGAGUACCGCCCUCAUCAUACCACUUCCCAAAAAGAAUCAAGGCAAGAGAACGCCGAACGACUUUCGACCAAUAAGUUUGUUGCCGUGUACCGGAAAAGUCAUGGAAAGAAUGGUCAACAGAAGACUCAUUACCCUACUUGAAUCAGAAGAUCGCCUUGACCGUCGUCAAUUCGCUUACCGUAAAGGCCUUGGAACCGGUGUUUACCUUGGGUCUUUCCGGGAAAUAGUCGGGCAGGCCGUCGCUGAUGGAAUGCAUACGGACAUCGCCGUUCUGGACUUGGAGAAGGCCUAUAAUACCGUGUGGCGCCACGGAGUUCUUAGACAACUUCAACAGUGGGGAAUCCGGGGCAAUCUAGGGCAGUUUCUUCAACGCUAUCUACUCAACCGGCGAUUUCGUGUCGGCAUUGGUGGUAGCCAAUCCGACGUUUUUUGCGAAGAAAACGGAGUCCCUCAGGGAUCUGUACUGGCUGUGACCUUGUUUCUCGUCAGCAUUCAGUCUGUAUUUGCUCAUCUUCCGAAGGGAAUUUUCAUUUUCAUUUAUGCUGAUGACAUCAUACUAGUCGUCGUUGGUGAAUCCAGAAACCGCAACAAAAUCAAGUUGCAAGCGGCUGUAAACGCCAUCGGAAAAUGGGCAUCUUCGGUAGGUUUCCGGAUCUCCACCAGCAAAUGUGUUACUGCUCACUGUUGUCCAUAUAAUCACGUGGCAACUGGCAGACCAAUAAAACUCAACGGCUUCCUAAUACCCUUUAAGAAGGAACCGAAAAUACUUGGUGUAACAGUUGAUAGGAAGCUCACACUCCUUACGCACUUUCGGCAACUUAAACGGGACUGUGACAGUCGGAAAAGGCUUGUUCGCACCAUCUGCUCCCGACACCCGAGGAACAACCGCAAUACUGCCCUCUACAUCAUCCAAGCCCUAAUUCUCAGCCGCUUGUUCUAUGGUAUUGAGCUAACAUGCCAAAAUCUCGAAGGUCUGAUCAACACCCUUGCCCCACUUUACCAUGGAGCAGUGCGCACUGCCUCCAACCUACUCCCCAGCACACCAGCAAAUAGUGCAUGUGUUGAAACCGGAGUCUUGCCCUGCAGAUGGGCGACAGCACUAGUCACUCUGAGGCGAGCCCUCGGAUUCCUGGAAAGAACCUACGGAGGAGAUUGCCUGACACUUGACACAGCCAAACAAAUCCACAUGGAAUUUACCCAAACACCUCUUCCACCGCUAGCGGGUCUAGUCAGAGUGUGGCAUCGUCCAUGGAGUGCACGUGGCCCAAACCUGGACAUCAGCCUCUCUAGAUCAGUGGGGGCGGGCGCAGCUCCAAGUGUUGCACAAACGAAAUUUUUUGAAGUGAUUGAAAGAAGAUACGCAAACCACGCAAAGCUCUAUACAGACGGAUCCAAGACUUACCAGGGUGUAGUGAUAGGAGUUAGUGGCAUUGGAGCCGGUCUCUCACUCCGCCUUCCAGCCACCUGCUCCGUUUUCUCGGCAGAGGCAGCUGCAAUCCUUCUGGCCAUACGCAGGAGGCAAGAGAAUCUUCCGACAGUGAUAUUAACAGACUCUUUAUCAGUGCUAUCAGCACUUCGAACAGGGGAGUCACGACACCCGUUUGUACAAGCCAUCGAAGCAACCUAUGACCCACUGACCACCAUCUGUUGGGUUCCGGGGCACAGCGGGAUCCAGGGAAACUUAGACGCCGAUCGGUUGGCCUCUCUCGGUAGAACCUCGCCCACAUCCUUUACCAAGAAGGUACCGAAAGAGGACAUUGUCAAGGCUUUUCACCAUUGCAUUGUUCAGCAUUUUAACAACCAUUGGAGAUCUUCUACCGGCUAUCUCCAGAAAAUUAAAGGAUCCAUUGACAAAUGGACGGACCACCAGAACCAAACUGAGCAGAAGGUGCUCUCUAGGCUGCGUGUGGGGCACACCAGAGUCACUCAUCCGCAUACAGUUUCCAGAGCGGAUCCACCAGUAUGCAGCUCCUGCAACACUAGGCUCACCGUUGAGCACCUUCUGACCAACUGCCUGGAAUUUGCUGAUUUGCGUCGCUUCUAUAAUAUACCCACGUCUAUCAGAGACGCCCUAUCAAACGACUCGACGCAAGAAGAAGUUCUACUGCUUUUCCUCAAGGACGCCAAUAUCUUCGAUGCUGUGUAG